CUGCAACAUUCUUUCAUCAUUUAAACUACACAGGUAAUAUAUGUAGCUUAAUUCAGUCGUAGUCAUCAAGUAUACAAAUAUAUUCAUUAUUUCUAUAAUUAGCCGUAACUUAUUUUAAAUCAGUUUUCCAAGGGAAUCUUCUAUAAAAUCUUAUAAAAAAUCAAGUCGCGAUCUUCGAUUUCGCCAAACCAACACACUUUUACAAUGAAGGUUGAGCAAUCAUAAGGUGCUAUUAACAGGAUUAGGAAAGGUGAAAGGUGAAUUUAUCGUGAAACCAUGCAAUUUUUGGCAGAAGGAGGGCCACUAUAAAAUUCGAGACGAUUCUCAGAACCGACAUCAGUCUUUCAAUCGGGACUAACCAAACAUACACAUCCAUCUUCAAAAUGAAAACCAUCAUUACUUUUGCCGCCUUUGUCGCUAUUGCUGUAGCAGUUCCUCUAAAAGGAUAUCCGGAAACAGUCGUCGUGAAAGAAACUCCUUCUGAUAACAUCGGUCUUGGCAGUUAUAACUACGGUUACCAACUUUCCGACGGACAAGUUAAACAGGAAUCUGCAGAAUUAGUCGAUGGUGGAUCUGAUGGACAAUUCCUGAAAGUUCAUGGCAGCUUCUCCUUUGUCGAUCCAAAUACCAAUGUUCCAUACACUGUGAACUACGUUGCCGACGAGAAUGGUUUCCAUCCACAGGGAGAACAUCUUCCCCAUGUUUAAAUGAUCAAAAUAUUUGACAUAUGGCAUUUACCAAUUAUCACACUCCAAGUACCAGC